AUGGUAGGAGAGAAGUUAUGGCUCAUAGUUUCACCCAUGAAGGGUAUUAUAUGGUUCGGGAAGAAACGCAAGUUAAGCCCUUGGUAUAUUGGCCAUUUUGACGUGCUUGAGAGGAUUAGAGAGGUUGCUUACAAGCUUACAUUUCCACCUAGUCUAUUGAGUGUUCACCCAGUAUUUCAUGUUUCCAUGCUCCGGAAGUACAAUGGUGAUCCUUCAUAUGUUUUGGACAUCAGCACGGGUCAGUUAGAUGGAGAUUUACCUUAUGAUGUGGAGCCGGUGGCCAUUUUGGAUCGACAGAUUCGAAAUUUGAGAUAG